AAAAGCGAAAAUUAUGCAUUCUUGCGGAGAGAGAGAGAGAGUAUUCUCUCUUUCUUUUACUGAGAAACAGAAUUCUCUCUUGUCGAGGGAGCAAUGGCCACCGCCGAAGAAGCGGAAGUGGUGGCAGAAGUUGAAGCCAUGCAAGCAGUAUACGGAGACGAUUGCGUGGUUAUGGAUUCUUACCCUCCGCACCUCCACGUUCACAUCAAGCCUCGCACCGCCGAUGUCACUUCCCAACAGUUUGUGGAGGCACUUCUUGGCAAUACGAGGAGUUCCCAGUAUCCAAUGGAGCCACCUCAUAUUGAUCUAAUUGAUUCCAAGGGUCUUGAUGAACAAAGGCAAAAGGAUUUGGUGACUUGUAUACGAGACAAAGCAUGUGAACUCUCCUCUUAUUUGAUGCUUGUAGCACUUUGUGAGGAAGCAGUGGAGAAGCUCACUAUUAUGAAUCACCCUGAUGGAGAUUGUCCAUUGUGUUUGUAUCCUUUGGUUCCAGAAGAUGGGCAGAAUGGAAAUUUGCCAUUCAUGAAGUUAAUGUCUUGUUUUCAUUGUUUCCACAGUGAAUGCAUUAUUAGGUGGUGGAAUUGGCUCCACACUGAAAAAGAAACCAAUGCUAGUGAUUCAGCGAGUGCAAUUGUCUGUCCUAUACAUUACAUGGAUAAUCGAAGAGACCCGCAUGGAGCAAUGGGAGAGAAUAUGGGAAUCUGCCCAGUUUGCCGCAAGGUUUUUCAUUCCAAGGAUAUUGACCAUGUGCUUUGUUUGGUUGGCUCUCAUUCUUCUCAAUUGAAUGCUGAUGAUACCGAAGUAGAUCACAGUGAGAGGCUGCUCAAGUCUGAUUCCGAGAACAUUAGAAGACAAAAAUUUGAGACCAUACAAAGACUACAGCAAAACAAUGGUGGCUUAAUUGAACCCAAAAGAGAUCUAGUUGUCUUGCCUGGUAUGUUUCUUCCCCAACCGGCUGCAUCUGCUGCCACUAUGUCAGCCAAAGAAUCCAGUGAGCAACAACAAACAGACCCCCCAGUCAACUUGGAAACUCAUUCCGGUGAAUCCUCAACGCGUGCAACCACCAGUGCGCAAAGACGCACUGGCAUGAGGAAGCACAGAGGAGGGAAUUCAAGAAAACAAGUCAAACAGACCGCCGCUUUGCCUACCAUGUCGACCAAAGAUACUGCCGAGCAACAAAGAAGUGAUCCCACAGGCACCUCGGAAACACGUUCUAUGGUUUCCGCAGAUAGACCUAGCACCAGCGAGCACAGGAUCUCUGACUUGAGGAAGCACAGGCAUCGGAACACAAGAAAACCAGUCAAGCAGUGGAUCAGAAAAGAUGAUGCUACGGCAGAGUGAUCAAUUAUAUGGUUAUUGUAUUUGUUCUCCUUUUGUUUUUAUUCAUUUUCAUCACUAAUUUUCACGUUUCAAGGAAAAGAUGCACAGCCCGAACCUCUAGAGGUACAAGGGAAAAUGGGCAGCUAGAAAGAAAGAAAUAAGAAUUAUGUUUUUUCUAUGUAUCUUAUUAUCCAUUGUAACGAAGUAUCCCGAAAUUUUGGGUGCAAGACUUCAUCAAAGCAGCGGGAGGAAAGGUACCUUCUAUUAGAGACCUUGGUCUCUGUCAAUAAAAAAGGGAAAAAAAAAAAACUUAUAAUC